ACUUCAGUUGAGAUAAUAUUUAACAGCAAAGCAGCCUAUCUUCUAACUUUAGUGUUCUCCGCGCGUGCAGCCGCCCGGAUCGAUGGAGUUGUGAUUUACACGGAUAUCGGUCACACAAUUCACCUAAGCGCAGAAAACAAUGGUUUCCAUCGCUAAGGUGCUACUCGGAGUCUUCGGGGUGGCGGUGGUCGUCAUUUUGAUAGCGGUACCCACGGCUAUAUUUUUGAAAGAGGAGAAGGAUGAGAACAAGAACAAGAGAUCCUUCACCCUGGAGGAUGUCUUCAACAAUACACUGAAACCGAAGUCCUUUGGCAUGAGGUGGAUCUCAGAUCAUGAGUUUCUGAAUAAGUCCCAGGGCUCAGUCUUCCUCCAGAACAUCCUCACAGGAGGGUCAGAGGAGUUCUUGAGCAAAGACAAGUUUGACGAAAAGGAUGCUUAUGAUUAUCAGCUGUCCGCUGACCACAAAUAUGUUGCAUUCAUGAGCAACCAUUCCAAGCUGUGGCGGCAUUCAUUUACAGCUUCAUAUUCACUUUAUGACCUGGAGUUGAAAAAAUUUUUCACACCAUCUGACAUUCCUGACGAAGUCCAGUACUUUGCUUGGGCUCCUCAAGGCCACAAACUGGCCUAUGUUUGGAAAAAUAAUGUGUAUAUAAAGACUAGCCCCGGGUCGCCCUCACAGCAAGUCACUUUCAAUGGGGAGGAGAAUCUGAUUUUGAAUGGGAUCCCGGACUGGGUGUAUGAAGAGGAAAUGUUUUCAUCCGGUCAGGGCUUCUGGUGGUCACCUGGAGGGAAGUACGUGGCUUAUGCUCAGUUCAACGACACAGAGGUCCAUAGUAUAGAGUACUCCUGGUAUGGCGACAACCAGUACCCCAGCACUGUUUCCAUUCCAUAUCCAAAGCCUGGUACUCCCAACCCUAUUGUGAAACUGUUUGUUGUGGACACUGACAACGUAACAAGUAUUACUGAGGUUGUUGUUCCAGCCCCAUUCAACAUGAGUGAGCACUACUUGGCCACUGUUACUUGGGUGACAGAUGAACGUAUUGCUGUCCAAUGGCUGAAGAGAGUACAAAACCACCUCAUCUUACAGAUCUACAAUUUUAGUGAAUCUACAUGGGAUCGUGCUGAGCAUCUGGAGGUGAAAAGUUCCACCGGAUGGAUUGGACGGUUCUCUCCACCAGAGCCAGUUUUUGCUGCUGACAAGAACAGCUACUACCUGUUGAUGAGCGACACCAAAGAGUACAAGCACAUCCAUCAUGUUGUUGGGGGCAAAGCUACACCAAUCACUUCUGGAGAAUGGGAAGUCAUUGACAUUCUGAAAGUAACUGCAGAUAGUGUAUAUUAUUCAAGCAAUGAAAAGGACAAAAAACCUGGAGGAAGGAAUGUUUACCAGUUGACAGGUCAAGGACCAGUUAAGUGUCUGACUUGUGCAAUACGUGGAGACGACUGUCUGUAUAACUCAGCCUACUUCAGUCACGAUGCCUCCUUCUACCGUCUGAGCUGCAGUGGUCCUGGCAUUCCUUACCAUGUUCUCAUGGAUAACAGAAAUAAUAUUAAUAAAGAGUUCUAUGUUUUGGAGGACAAUAAAGCAUUCAGCAGCCUGAUAUCUGACAUCCAGAUGCCCACCAUGCGUCGAGGCACCAUCACACUUGAAGGAUACAAACUCUGGUACCAGAUGUUUUUGCCACCAGGCUUUGAUGAAUCCAAGAAGUAUCCUUUACUGAUAGAUGUGUAUGCUGGUCCCUGCAGUCAGAAAGCAGACUACAUCUACAGAGUGAGCUGGUCCACCUAUUUGGCCAGCACUGAGAAAAUCAUUGUCGCCAGCUUUGACGGAAGAGGAAGCGGUUACCAAGGCGACAAGAUAAUGCACGCAAUCUACAAACGUCUGGGAACCUAUGAGGUGGAAGAUCAGAUAACGGCGGCCAGGAGAUUCAUCAAAGACGGUUACAUUGACAAAGACAGAGUUGCUAUUUGGGGCUGGUCUUAUGGUGGAUACGUGACAUCAAUGGCCUUGGGAUCAGGAAGUGGAGUUUUCAAAUGUGGAAUGGCGGUCGCUCCAGUGUCCAAAUGGAAAUAUUAUGAUUCCAUCUACACAGAGCGUUACAUGAUGGAGCCUUCAGAGAAUUCCCUUGCCUACACUAACUCUACAGUAACUGAGCGGGCCAAGAAUUUCCAUUCGGUGCAGUAUCUUCUGGUUCAUGGAACAGCUGACGACAAUGUUCAUUUCCAGCAGGCAGCCGAGAUCUCUGAGGCUCUGGUGGAGGAGCAAGUGGACUUUGAGGCGAUGUGGUACACAGAUAAGGAUCACGGGCUCGGCGGCUCGGCCUAUCAACAUGUCUACACCCACAUGAGUCACUUUCUACAGAGGUGCUUUGCAUGAAACCCACUGGAUGAUAAAGAAAUAUUUUCUUUGCGUCACGUGAAUAACAAAAUGUUGGAUAAAGUCGUUAAUCGUGAAUGCAGGCUUGAUUAUCAGUGCUCCAAAUGCCAGGAAAAAGUCUUGAGCGGAAACUCACAAACACAAAGUGGUCCAAAUCAUGAUCUUAUUCUAUGUAUGUGAAAUUCUGUCUGCAGCUUCUCUGGAAAUUAUAUCCUAUAUUUUUACUUUUAACACAUCUACAUGGAAAAUGUGAUUUAUUUUCUAAUGUUUGUUUUUGUGAACUUCUGAAAAGGCCGUUACUUGACCUGUGGAACAACAUUGAUAUAAUAAUGUGAAGGUGUAACUGUACUUGUACUACUUGGAUAUGAAGAGUUUUUACAGUAUUGUGUUAAAUUAUGCACAGAAACAUAAUGCACCACAAUAAUUUUAUACAGUUUUACCAAAUUUAUGAUUGUUGACUGUUUGACGUAAUAAUUGUUUUGUAAAUUAAUAAAGAAUUAAUUAAUGACAA